CAAAACCACCAUCUUCCACCACCACCACACUCACCUUUUCCUCUCUUUCUCCUUCAGAAAACCAAAACCAAAACCAAAACCAAACCAAACCAAACAGUUUUCUUUGUGUCUUCUUUUACAGUAUUUUUCGUGUCAUCUGAUUCAUCACUCAUUUUAGCCACAGCUCUCCUUUUUCUCUACAAAUCAGAUACAUACCCAUCACUCAAUUGCUGACAUUCAUGGCUUCCAUUGCACCUCCAACUCCUCCUCACAAGCUUUCUUUUAGGACCCCUAAGUUUCUUGUCAAAAGACCAUCUUACCCUUCUCCUUUUCCUUCUCACUCUUUUUCUUCUUCUUCUUCUUCUAGUUCUGCUUCUCUUUGUCGUUGCACCAAUUCGUCGUCUUCUUCUUCAUCGUCGGAUAGUUCGUCGUCUGAGUGGCGAUGGGAUGCUGCGUUUCAUGGUGUUAUUGAAUCUGCGAAGAAACGGAUUGAUUCGUUAAUUAAUCCUCGUCGUAAAGAGGUGGAGGUUGGAGCGGUUGGGGACAGGGAGAGUGGAAAGGGAGAUAAGGUUGAAUAUGAAGAGUGGGAUUGGGAACGAUGGAGAAGGCAUUUCGAAGAAGUUGAUGAGCAGGAGCGUAUUGUCUCUGUUUUGAAGUCACAGUUAAAUCAUGCUGUUAAUAGGGAGGAUUAUGAGGCUGCGGCUAGGCUCAAGGUGGCAAUUGCAGCUGCUGCUACAAAUGAUUCUGUUGGCACAGUGAUGUCACAGCUGAAUAGAGCAGUGACAGAAGAACAUUAUAAGGAUGCAGCUUUCUUACGAGAUAAUGCUGGUGCUGGUUUGGUGGGAUGGUGGUCUGGCAUCUCAGAAGAUGUGCAUGAUCCUUAUGGUUUAAUAAUACGUAUUACUGCAGAGCAUGGAAGAUAUGUGGCAAGGAGUUACACUCCUCGACAGCUUGCUACAUCUGCAGUUGGUGUCCCCGUAUUUGAGAUCUUUGUUACAAGGAACAAGAAAGGUGAAUACAAGCAGCAGCCUGUGUACUUGAAAAGGAAAGGCCUUCUCCAAGAUCCUUCAACAGUCUCCUCUAAAGCACCAGGUGCCACGAGCCGCUUAAAUCCACCAGGGCCUACUGAAGGAAAAAGUGAUCUAUUUGUUGUGAGCACUGAAGAGACUGAGAAUGGCGAUGACACAGAAGAUGGUUCUGAUCUUGCUGAGGGAUUACCUGGUUUUCAGAAUAUUUUACGAGAUAUGAUUCCUGGUAUGAAGCUCAAGGUUUUGAAAGUGACAACACCUGCGAAGGUAGAUAAGGAUUUUAUAUCUAAGGUGAUUGAACAGAUGAUGGAUGAAGAAGAUGAAGAGAAAGAUAUUGAGUUAGAAAGUGUAGAAGGAGAUGAUGAACUUGGCAGUGAAAGUGACCAAGAAAGAGAUGAGAUUGAAAUUGAUGCUGCUCGUGAAAUCAUUGACAGUGAAGGGCCAAGUGAAAUUUCGUUUAAAGUUGUUGUUGGGGGUCUUGCUCAGAAAUUUUCAGGAAGCAUGCCUGUAAAAGAGUCACUUAGAGUUCCUGCUAAGCUAGAGAAAAAGGGACGAAGGUCAUUUUUGUUUUCUAUAGAGAAAGAUGUCAACCAACAGGAUUCUGGUGCUAAGGAAGCAGCCUCAGCAGAUAGAAAAGCUAAGUUUCAAGGUCAACGUAGUGUGGAUAAUAUUAUGUUGGACCUUGCUAAAUUCAUUGGCAAGGAAAAGAUACCCUUGAAGGUGCUGAAAGAUGUUGGUGACUUAAUAAAUUUCACCCUUAGUCAGGCUCAAAACCGUCAGCCAUUGUCUGGAUCAACAACUUUCCAUCGGAUUGAGAUAUCAGCAUCUCCAGACCCUCUGAAUGGAUUAUAUAUUGGAGCACAUGGGCUGUACAGUUCAGAAGUCAUACAGCUGCAACGCAAAUUUGGACAAUGGCAAGAUGAGCGUGGGACAAACCAGCCUUCCAAUGUAGAGUUCUAUGAAUAUGUGGAAGCUGUAAAAUUAACUGGAGAUCCAUAUAUAGCUGCUGGACAGGUGGCAUUUCGUGCUAAGGUUGGUAAAAGAUAUCAACUUCCUCAUAAAGGCAUCAUUCCUGAAGAAUUUGGAGUGAUUGCUCGGUAUAAAGGACAAGGGAGGCUUGCUGAGCCUGGUUUUAAGAAUCCUCGAUGGGUUGAUGGUGAACUUGUUAUUCUUGAUGGAAAGUACAUCAAAGGUGGGCCUGUUGUUGGGUUUGUAUAUUGGGCUCCUGAAUAUCACUUCUUGGUGUUCUUCAAUCGGCUGAGGCUCCAACAAUAGAUGCCUGUACAUAUAAUGUUCAAGCUUGUUUAUUCUUUUUUUGUAUUUUAUGAGUCUAAAAUGGUAUCUGUAACCACUAUGUUUUCAAUUCGAGCAACAUAGCAGCUAUGAAAUUCUGGUCACAUGUCCAGUGCUCGCCCAAUGGACUGUUGCAUAUGUAAGCAUAUUGACCUAGUAAAAUUAACCCAGAAGCUUGGAUAAGCUUUGAGAUGCAUGAUCUUCGAACAGUCUCUUACUGAAGCUGUUAUGCACUUAAUUUUUUUUGCUCUACAUUCUAAUCUCUAUCAAUUUCUAACUAUUGAGUGCUUGUCUAAGUUAUCAUACAACAGAAGGAAGUAGCUUCAACUAGAAUUGUAUUUCAGAUAUCUGUAGUGCAAUAUGAUAAUAUGUGUGGCUGGACAUGGGCAAUUUGUGGUUAGAGGCUAGCAGGAGACUUGUUUAAGGGCUUAUUUUGCAGAUCAGUUGAAUAGAAAAUUAGCUUGUUUAUAAUCAAGCACUUUGUAAUUAUUCUCUUCCAUUUUACUAUAUGAAUGAAAAUUCAUCUUUAAUCCUUUCAUCUUA